AGAGUUACAAGGCCAACAACAAUAUCGGCAAUGGCGAAACGAGCGAUUCCAAAGGACCAGAUUGUGAAGCUUAUUGUCGGCGCCGGCCAGGCGAGUCCCAGCCCUCCGGUGGGACCGGCGCUGGGAAGUAAAGGUGUCAAGUCAAUGGACUUUUGCAAGGAGUUCAAUGCGCGGACGGCCCAUAUGACCACCGGUGUCCCUGUGCCUGCACGAGUUACCGUUCGCCCGGACCGGUCAUUCCACUUUGAGCUACGGACGCCUACUACCUCCUAUCUUCUUAUGAAUGCUGCAGGAGUCAAGGAACGGAAGUCAAGAAUGCGGGGAGCUAUGAAUCCUGGGACGGAGACGGUCGGCGAGGUGUCCUUGAAGCACGUCUACGAGAUCGCGAAGAUUAAGCAUUCGGAACUGCGUCUGUCCGGGCUGAGCCUGGAAGGGUUGUGCAAGAGCAUCAUUGCGCAAGCCCAGUCUAUUGGUAUUACGGUUGUUCCUUAGAGGAUUGACACUAUUGCGCUUUCUCUACUCAAGAGCCAUGGGCCAUAGCUUGUUGCAACGGCUAAGGCGUCGAUUGUCGAAUUCGGGUUUCCAUUCUUCCCUUUUUUAAUUCUGACGGACAUCAAGGCGUUUUUCACCUUUCAUCAUAAAGAUUUGCUGCCAUUCAAUUGCUUGUAUGCUACGGCAUUUAUCUUCGGUUUAUUUUCAUUUCUUAUGUACCCUAAAGGCUCUUUGCAUAUAGCGAGUCUCGUUUAGAUUGCAUGCAAUAUGAGUGGC